GCCAUGCAGUGGCGUCGUUGUGUGAUUCUCACAGCUAUCAGAAUGAGGAAACAAAGCCUGGUAUAGAAUUCCUAAUUUUCUCCAAAAACAAUAACAUCAUAAUAUUAUGCAUUUGAACCUCAUUGCAGCAUUUCUCAAGCGUGGCACUUAUGGUCGCUCAUAAUUUGACUGAUAUUUGAUUAAUUAAAUUCAAUCCCUGGAGCGUAAUGAUAUUUCCCGUCAGCCACUAAAAGAAUGAGCAUAUGCACGCGCUGAUGCCGGAUGAUUAAGAGAAACGUGGAAACUUUAAUCCAGAUACCAAUACUAAUAAUUUGCAUUCGGUUUGUGCGAAAAUGUACACCUACGCGAAAUCGCUACCACCAUCAUCAAGGAUUUUUUCCGGCUUUAGAAAAAGGUUCUUCACCAGCACAUCUACUCUACUGCAGCAGAGCACAAAGAAACCAGAAACACUUACAUGUACCUUAAGUCAUGUCCGCGGGCCUUCCACUCCGCCAUUAUUGACCAAAACAAUUGGCCAGAUCGUUGACGAGCAGGCUGAACGGCGUCCGGAUGACAUCGUGUUCGUUGUACCCUUCCAGAAUACCCGUAAGACGUACGCCCAGUUUAAAGCGGAUGUGGAUGCCACUGCCGCUGGACUGCUGCAUCUGGGCCUGCAGAAAGGUGACCGUGUAGGCAUCUGGGGACCGAACUCGUACGAAUGGCUGCUGACACAGUACGCUACAGCGAAAGCCGGUCUGAUCAUGGUCAAUGUUAAUCCGCAGUACAAAGCCCAUGAACUGGAGUAUUGCCUGAAGAAGGUUCAGAUUAAAGUUCUUAUCGGUGCUACUACAAAGGAAUGUCUGGAUGUGCUUGACAAGGUCGUGCCUAAUCUUGUGAUCCCGAAAAAAUCCUCAAAAAUACCGGAUCUGGAAACUGUUGUCCUUAUCUCUGAUAACAAAAACCAGACACCAGCUGGAGACAGUCGGUUUUUCCAUGAAAUCCUCCAGGACUAUGGACGGGAAGAUUUGUCUAAGUUGGAGCGCAAUGCCAAGCAAGUAACGCCCAAUGACCCGGUUAACAUCCAGUUCACUUCCGGUACAACCGGUAAUCCGAAGGGCGCUACACUUUCGCACCAGAACAUACUAAACAACGGUUAUUUCGGAGGGAUAACGUUAGGAUUCGACAAAGAGAAAACCAUCCUUUGUUCGCCAGUCCCGCUAUAUCACUGUUUUGGUUGCGUUCUCGGAAGCUUAAUGACAGUCGUGCAUGGAUCUACGUUGGUCAUACCUGCCCCGAGAUUUGACGCCGAAGCCACCUUGAAAGCCAUCGACGGGGAAAAGUGCACAUUCCUUUACGGCGUGCCAACAAUGUACACAGAUCAGAUUUACCAUCCAAAUUUCGCAAAGUAUAACACGAAAACUUUACGCGGAGGUUUUAUGUCUGGAGCGCCAUGUCCUGUGGAGCUGGUUAGAACAGUCAAGCAAAAGUUGGGAAUGAGGGAUAUCAUCGUUGGUUAUGGAAUGACUGAAACAAGCCCAUUAGUGCUGUUAUCCAAACUUGGCGAUCCUGAGGAAUGCUGCACUCAAACAGUUGGUACCGCGCUACACCACACCGAAGUGCGAAUAGCCAACGAAACGGAUCAAGUGGUGCCGGUUGGAACAAGAGGCGAAGUGCAAGUUAAAGGCUUUCCCGUAAUGUUGGGAUACUGGCAGGACGAAUCAAAAACCAACGAGUUUUUUACGCCUACCGGUUGGGCUCGCACCGGAGAUAUUGGAAUAAUGCAAGAGAAUGGCUAUGGGAAAAUUGUUGGACGCAUGAAGGAUACAAUAAUCCGAGGUGGAGAGAAUGUUUUCCCGGCAGAGAUUGAGAAUUGUCUCCACGAGCAUCCGGCCGUAGCGGAGGUGUACAUUGUGGGCGUGCCGGAUCGGAGGUUGGGCGAAGAGAUCUGUUGUUGGAUCAGACUGAAGAAAGAAGUUUCCGAAGAAGAGCUGAAGAAAUUUUGUAGAGAUAACCUGGCUCGGUUCAAGGUGCCGAAGUAUUUUGUUUAUGUGGACUCCAAGCAGAGCUUUCCACUGACGGUGACCGGGAAAGUCCAAAAAUUUAAAAUGCGGGAGCAGUCUCUGAAACUAUUGAAGCUGGAUGAUGAUAAAAUGGAAUAUGCAUUGUAAAUCAGUAUUUCUUAUCUGCUUUAUCAUUUGGUGUGAUGUAAACACUUAUUAAUAAGCCGGCACUGCUGCAUAGUGAAUACAGAUCCGCAUAACAAGGCGAAGUUUCUGUUUA